GGCCAUGCUGCUGUCCGCCGCCUCGCUCCGCGCAUCCCGCUCCUCCGCAGGUGAAACCGGCCGCCGCUGCAUCCCCGCGUCCCGGGUUGACUCACAGGCCCGGCGCGGCUAGGCUCGGCCGCAGCGGUUCUCCCGAACUGGAUCCGCCGGAACGGCCCGGAACGCGGCGGCGGUGAGAAGGGGGAGGAAGAGGAGAAAGGCUCCUUAGCAACAAACCGGUUUCAUGGCAUUAUUGGGAUGGACGGGACACUGAGGAUUAAACUUUGACCUGUGCCAAAAAGCCCCAAAAUGAACUGGAUCAGAGUGAUAAUGGUUUAUUGAUUUGGGUUUAAAGCAGGACUGGUUUCGCUUGGUUUGUUCGAAAGCCAGACAUCUGAGGUUAUGAUCGGGUCAGUGAGACUGCAGUGAAUUAGCCUCGGGGAUUGAAUAUAGGAGGUCUAAGAUGAUUGGCAGGUCUUCUUAGUGUUCAUCUGGAACUCUGAGGUUCUUGAUUGGCCCAACAACAAGAUAUCUAAAUUCUUAGCUUAGCAUUUUUAAGGUCCACUGGAUUUACACCAUACCCUGAUGUGAAAACAUAUUCCUGAACAACACUGGACCAGAAUUGGUGACAAUAGAUCACAACUGGCUUUUGCCAAUCCUGAUACUGUUUGAGGACCAAAGGUGACUGGGUUGAAUGGGAGUAGUAACCCUCUUGAACUGGGUUUGGACCAAGAAUUGACUCGUUUUGUGUAUUGGAAUAUGAAUCUUAAAUCGGAUGAACUCUGAGUGCAACUGUAACCUCAUUCGCCAUGUCUCUCAGUAAGACCCUUGAGUUGGAGCAUUUCGACGAACGGAACAAGGUUCGCCGGGGACGCUCCACCCGACCCAAACGGGAUGACUCCACCGGCAGCGGUGGGGGUUCCGGGCCCAGUUCCAGGGGCAGCAGCCUGGUUCCCAGUCCUGCUCACAGCGCCAACUGCAGCUACUACAGGACCCGCACCCUGCAGGCCCUCACCUCAGAAAAGCGGGCCAAGAAGGUCCGGUUCUACCGCAAUGGGGAUCGGUACUUUAAGGGCCUGGUGUACGCCGUUUCUAGUGACCGGUUCCGGUCGUACGACGCGCUGCUGAUGGAGCUUACUCGAUCGUUAGCAGACAACCUUCAUCUGCCGCAAGGAGUUCGUACGAUCUACACCAUAGAUGGCAGCAAGAAGAUUACCAGUAUGGACGAACUGGUGGAAGGCGAGUGCUACAUCUGCGCCUCAAACGAACCUUACCGGAAGGUCGACUACACCAAGAUCUCCGUCCCGAGCUGGAAGCCCGGCGCCGGUACCGGAACCGCCACCGCUGCCUCCAGCCGGACCCCGACGGCGUCCACCGGAGUGUCGACGACCCCCAGCGCCGUCGCCAAAGACCGGCCCGAGGGUCGGGAGGGCAGGGACAGCAAAGACUUCAUCAAGCCCAAACUGGUGACGGUGAUCCGGAGCGGCGUGAAGCCCCGCAAGGCGGUGAGGAUCCUGCUCAACAAGAAGACGGCGCACUCCUUCGAACAGGUGCUGGCGGACAUUACGGAGGCCAUCAAGCUGGACUCUGGGGCGGUGAAGAGGCUCUACACGCUGGACGGGAAGCAGCUGACCUGCCUGCAGGAUUUUUUCGGGGACGACGAUGUGUUCAUGGCGUGCGGGCCGGAGAAGUUUCGGUACGCGCAGGACGACUUUGUGCUGACGCAUUCUGGGAAAACGGCGGCCUUUGUGAGCGAGUGCAGGACCAAAACGCCUCGUCCAGCCGCUCCUCAGAAAACCCCCAAAACUCCCAGCAGCUCCAGCUUCUCCUCCUCCAGGACUCCACCCAAAGGUUUAUCCAGGACCAAGUCACCGGGCUCAGCCAAUGAGGCGUCAGGAUCCCAGUCGGCUGUAAAGUCCAACAGAUCCAGUCCGUCUCCCACCAGUCCCGGGACGCGACGCAACUUAAAGAUCUCUCCUCGCCGAGCGUCGUCCACAGAUGUGAACGGAGAAGCCGAGCAGCCGGACGACGCAGAGGAAGUGAACGGAAACCGAUCCGUUUCGUCCUCCACCAUCAACGAGAAGUACAAGGUGGGAAAAGUGAUCGGAGACGGAAACUUUGCUGUGGUGAAGGAGUGUGUGGAGAGGUCGACGGGACAGGAGUUCGCUCUGAAGAUCAUCGAUAAAGCUCGAUGCUGCGGGAAGGAACACCUGAUAGAGAACGAGGUGGCGGUUCUGAGGAGGGUCCGGCAUCCCAGCAUCAUCCAGCUGAUCGAGGUGGACGAGACGCCCACGCAGCUCUUCCUGGUCAUGGAGCUCGUUAAGGGCGGCGAUCUUUUCGACGCCAUUACCUCCUCCACCAAGUACAGCGAGCGAGACGCCAGCGCCAUGGUGUUCAACCUGGCCGGAGCCAUCAAGUAUUUACACCGGAUGAACAUCGUCCACCGAGACAUCAAACCAGAGAACCUGCUGGUGUGUGAGUAUCCGGACGGCACCAAGUCCCUGAAGUUGGGCGAUUUCGGUCUGGCGACGGUGGUGGAGGGUCCGCUGCACACCGUCUGCGGCACGCCGACGUACGUGGCGCCGGAGAUCAUCGCUGAGACCGGUUAUGGUCUGAAGGUGGACAUCUGGGCGGCAGGAGUCAUCGCCUACAUCCUGCUCUGUGGAUUCCCUCCUUUCAGAAGUGAGAAUAACGUCCAGGAGGAACUAUUUGAUCAGAUCCUCAGAGGGAAGCUGGAGUUUCCAUCUCCAGACUGGGACAACAUCAGCCUAUCAGCAAAGAUGCUGAUCAGUCAGAUGCUCCAGGUGAACGUUGACGCUCGGUUCACUGCUGAGGAAGUCCUCUCCCACCCCUGGGUGACGGACGAGGCACCGGGAGAGUCCAACACUGUGAGCGGCACUGAAGAUCACGCCGGCGAAGAAGCGCAGGAGUCGGAUCAUGAAUCUCCGAUUCUGGAGACAAAACAAGUUCCCUCACCGCUGGUUUAGGCCACAUCCCAGUCCCACUGGUCUAAAGGAACCAACAUGGGAGCAACCAACUGGGAGCCAAAUAAUCUUCCUAAAGUCUCCAUUUACCUGCAACCGACUCCCUUUCAUUUCUAGAAAAGUCAAACUUUAAAACAUAGACAGAUGUAAUUAAACAUUCUCUACUACAUUUUUGCUCCUCAACUAGUGACUUAAUACACACAAAGUGAAGUUAUCCCAACAUCAUCUUAGGGACGAGAUGACGUUUGAUCUAAAACCAAACUGUUCAGUAGCUGCAUUUCCAUUACAAGUCUGUGCAAAACUGUUGAUAUCCCAUUAAUGUUGGGGGAAAAAACACAAUUUCACAAUUGCGACACUUCUGUUAAAAAACACAAUUAAAAUGACAAGUCUUUAAAAAUCAUGGUGCACCAUUUUCCUCAAACUACUUCCUGUCGUCUUGUUUGUCGUUUCCAGCAGUAGUAACAUCCAGUUGUUGAUCACAUGACUUGUGCAAUGGGAAAUACACUGAUUUUGAUAAAAACCACCUCAUCCUGGCUCAAAAAGGUUUUACUGAAAAAUGUUAACUUUUUUCAAAAUUACUUACAUAAUUAAAAUUAUUUGAUCAAUGGAAACGCAGCUACUGGCAGUCAGACAAAUCCACUGCAUACUUAUAGAUUUAUUCAACACAUCUACAGGAUUUUCCCUCAGAUCUGGUCAGAAAUGUUAAAUAAGUUUGAGAAAUUUGCCUUUGCUCUCAAAAACUUAGCCAAAACAAAGCCCACUAUCUCAGUUUGGACUUUUGAUUCUGGCUCCUGUUUCCAUGGAAACUAAAUCAACAGUCUUAUAUCUAGUUUCUUUUCCCUAAAUGAGGUUUAUUAUGGUUCAUGCCUAAGUUUUCAGAUAUUGGGUUAAUUUCUAAACCGGUUUAUAGAGUAGCCUUAAAUCUAUUUUAAUUUCCAGCAAACUAAACGAGUUUGCAUUAUUUAAAAUGGACCCAAAGUUUAUUUUCUCCACUUCUUUCUCUCUUUGGUUCUCUGACAUGGACUGAGUUUGCUGGUUAUUUACUCCAGACCAGCCUCUCCAGUAUUAAAUCCAGUUGAUCUCCUGGAAACCGUCCAGAGCGCGUGCCAAUUGAUCCCCAGAAGGUUUUGCACAAGGCCCGGCUCUGAUCCGUUAAAGCAGGCGCCGCUACUGAAACCAAUUCAUGCUGCUUGCAGGACUUCCAUGAACACACGGACACCAUCAAGGUGCUGCCGACUCCUUCGAUUGGACCGAAGUUUCCUGAUUAAACACCAUGGUCUGGAAUGAACUUUAAAUGGGAUUUUACUGAUUUUACUACAAAUAAGAACGGCUCUAACCUUUUCUGAAGUUCCUGCUAAACCAGGAUGUCUUCCAUUUAUCUGAAAAUAUGUCCAACUUUUGUCUCUCCUUCACUGGAGAAACUCACGUCGUCUUCUUGCCAUCAACCAACUGAGGAGAUAUUUGAGCACUGUGCCUGUCUGCGCUGCUGAUCAAGUCUCUUUUUAUUUCCAUCUUUUUAAAAAUAAUGCAGAAUCUUUGGAAAUAUCUCUCCAGAAAGAACUUUUUUUUUUUUUUCACAUUUUUUUUUCUGUUUAUCAACUGAAGUUUGAGUUGAUUGGAAGAAUCUCGGGAAAAUGAAGGCAGCAAAUCUGAAUUUUGGCUUUUCAUUAAGAUAUAAUGAGCAAGAAAGAAAAGUCAGAACUCAAAACACAUCCGUUUACCUUCACCUGAGCUGAAUCCCAUUUCCUAUUUAUAUCCAGGCUACACUGCAAAAACACAAAAUCUUACCAAGUAUUUUCAGUCUAGUUUCUUGUACAAAUAUCUUAGUACACGUGAAAUAAGAUGUAACUUCUAAGGAAGUUUUCUGCAAAAGUUAGGAGCUUUGUUUUGAAUAAAUAAGUACUUUUCCUUCAAUUAAUAUUGGUGAAAAAGUACUUGUUCCACUGGCAGAUUACUUAACUUGUGACUAGGCAAAAAUGUCUUGUUAUAAGUAAAUAAUCUACCAAUGGAACCAGUUCCUCUUUCUCAAUUUUAAAGAUUUACUUUAAAUAAGCUCCUAUAUUUUGCUGAAAAGUUACUUAUAAGUUACAUUUGUCUUAUUUCAAGUGUACUAGGAUGUUUGUACAAGAUACUAGACAAAAAUACUUGGUAAGAUUUUUUGUUUUUGUAGUGUUGCAUUGAUAAGAAAAGGUGCUAGCUCCACUGCUGUGUUUGUUUGAUGUUUUUAACAUAUAUGAAAAAAAUUAUUAUUGCAUAUUUUGAAAUACAGCUGCUCUAAAUUAAUUCAGAUGCUUAAAAGCAAGCAGAGCCUGCUGGUUCUUCUCCACCUUGCUGGAUUUAAAGCCAAACUUUAUCAUUUAAAUAACAGAGACGAUAAAAUACUUUUGUUAGUAAUAAUUCUGAAUGCUGUUGGAAAUUAUGAAAAAAUAUUUACAUUUUAGUCUGGAAAAGAGAUUUGAACGGGACUUUGGAAAUGGGAUUCAGCCUCAGGAUCGUCUUUAACUUCCGUUUUCUGCUUCUUCAUACCUUCACCUACUUUAAGACAUUCUGUUUUAUUCCUGAUCAACUGACUUACGCCCAUUUUUAUCACCUGAACUGUUCAAGCAUCGCUUUAAAGAUGCAUUUGGACUGAAUUUAAGGGCACACUGAAGUCCAAAUGAUGAGCUCUUUGCUUCUCCUCACUUUAUAUCAUUUUAGAUAAAAGGGUAAGACUGUAAAUAAUGUAGAUACCGUUCUGUCAGUGUUUGUGUGAGUCUGUUGUGAAGUAGGAAAACAGUAGCAGAUUGAAGAAUAAGUAGUGUUACAAAUGAAAAGAACAAUCUCAUCGUCAAUGCCUCAAAAAAAAAAAAAACUAAAGAAAAUGAUUUUC